GCAGCGACGUGUGAAUGGGGGUGGUCCUGAACUGUAAAGAGGGGAAGUCCUUCCUCUGUCUAUUUAUUUUUUCUUUUCUCGUACCCACCCACGUAUUUAACGUCGACAUAAUUGUGUUUUAUCCGUAUCGGUUGACAGCUGUCGGUUUUUCUACGGUUUUUAGUGUCGAGUAAAACCCCCGGACGCCCCUCUGUUUUCUUGUGUCGGUCGUAACGUCCAAACGUCCAGCAGCUGAUUGCUAACGUCCCCGUUCAAACGGUUUUCCUUCACUUCAAGCAAAAGAUUUUUCUUUGUGGCCGAAAAGGGCCUAGCUCGCCACCUUUUUUCACCGAUUUAUGGACUUUAAAGCAAAGAGGACAUUUUUAUUUUUUGUCUAACUUGACCGUUGGAUCGGUUUUUUUUCCCCUUCAUUGAGCGACCAGGCCGCGGACUCAUCCCCGGCCUCGCGUUUCCAUAUCUGGGGGUUUUUGUGUUGGAAGUCAUGGGAGACACUAGUGAACGAAGCAAACCUCCGAGCCUACCUCCCCGGUGUCCCUGUGGAUUUUGGGGGUCCAGUAAAACCAUGAACCUCUGCUCCAAAUGUUUUGCUGACAUCCAGAAGAAGCAGCCAGGGGAGGACUGCACCUCCAAGCCUAUCCAAAGCACUGGGAGUAGCCAAUCACCUGUCUUCAGUAGCGAGACGAGCAGUAGCAGUAGCCAGUCUCUAUUGUCAUCGCCGCCCUCUAGCUCCGAGCAGCCGUCAACCGAAGAGCCCUCGCCCACGUUUCCCAGCACAAGGGAAGGCGUGUCGUGCACAGAAACAGCCCAAGGCACACUCUGCACACCCACAAAACGUCCACGAGAAUCAGCCUCGGGCUCAGAGAGCGAGGCGACGCCAGAGAAACGGCCACGGACAGAAGAGAAGGAGGGAAGCAGCGAGGAGGCCCGCGGGACGCCCAAGCAGAAAAACCGUCGGCGCUGCUAUCGCUGCCAAACCAAACUAGAGCUGGUACAGCAGGAACUGGGCUCCUGUCGCUGCGGCUAUGUAUUCUGCAUGCUCCACCGUCUCCCCGAGCAACACGACUGUCUGUUCGACCAUCUGGGCCGUGGGCGCGAGGAGGCCGUCCUCAAGAUGGUGAAGCUGGACCGCAAGGUGGGCCGCUCAUGCCAACGCAUCGGGGAGGAGUGCUCCUGAUUGGCCACACCGUGACCAGCCAUCCAGUUAGAGAUGAGGCGCUUACAAAGAG